CGAACGACGGCGCAGGACCUUCGGACUCCAUUUCCCAUCGGCCUCGCGGAGAGUGCCGGAAGCCCGCCCCGCCCCUCAUUGUGCGGCUCCUACUAAACGGAAGGGGCCGGGAGAGGCCCCGUUCAGUUGGGUUUCGGCAGCAGCUGCAGCGGCUCUCGCGUUCGCCAUCUCUUUUUGCCGUCUUUCUUUCGCUUCCUGAAACAUGGCCUCUGGUGUGGCUGUCUCUGAUGGCGUCAUCAAGGUAUUCAAUGACAUGAAGGUGCGCAAGUCCUCAACACCAGAGGAAGUGAAGAAGCGCAAGAAGGCAGUGCUUUUCUGCCUGAGUGAGGACAAGAAGAACAUCAUCCUGGAGGAAGGCAAGGAGAUCCUGGUGGGGGAUGUGGGCCAGACUGUGGACGAUCCGUAUGCCACCUUUGUCAAGAUGUUGCCAGACAAGGACUGUCGCUAUGCCCUCUAUGAUGCAACCUACGAGACCAAGGAGAGCAAGAAGGAGGAUCUGGUGUUUAUCUUUUGGGCCCCCGAGUGUGCACCUCUUAAGAGCAAAAUGAUCUAUGCCAGUUCCAAGGAUGCCAUCAAAAAGAAGCUGACAGGGAUCAAGCAUGAGUUACAGGCAAAUUGCUACGAGGAGGUCAAGGACCGCUGCACACUGGCAGAGAAGCUGGGAGGCAGUGCCGUCAUCUCCCUGGAGGGCAAGCCCUUGUGAGCCCCUCCAGUCCUUCGUGGAGCAUCUGGCAGCCCCGGACCUGCCCUCAGGGGGUUGCAGGCUGCCCCCUUCCUGCCAGACCGGAGGGGCUGGGGGGAUCCCAGCAGGGGGAGGGCAAUCCUUUCACCCCAGUUGCCAAACAGCCCCCCUACCCCCUGGACCUUCCUCCUGCCUCCAUCCCUGAUGGUCCGGCUUGCCCAAACUGCUUUUGAUCUUCUGAUUUCUAUUGGGUUGAAGCAGACCAAGUUCCCCUCAGGCAGCCAGCUUUUGUGGGGGGGCCCUGUAUUUUUUUUAACGACAUCCCUACUCCCCACCCAUUCCUCCCCCAUCCCACGCUGCCAACUUCUAACUGCAAUAGUGACUCUGUGCUUGUUUAUUUAGUUCUGUGUAUAAAUGGAAUGUUGUGGAGAUGACCCCUCUCUGUGCCGGCUGGUUACCCUCCCUUUUCCCCUGGUCUUGGCCAUUCAUGGAAGCAGGACCAGUAAGGGACCUUCAAUUAAAAAAAAAAAAAA